GUACACAGUUGAAGAGUAGCAAGAACCUCACUCAUUUCACUGACAGUACAAUUGCAAUCCAACACCUCAGCAUCAUGUUUCUCUCUCUUUUUGUUUAUUUAACUGCGUUAUGCGCAGUCAGACCAGUGGCCAGCAGCUACGGCUAUCUAGUACCCCAGCAGCCGGUGAAUUACUACCCUCCAGUUAAAGGCUAUUACGCCAACCAGCCAACUUACUACACUACAGCCAAACCGUACUACACCACUGCGAAGCCUUACUACACCACCACUAAGCCAUAUUACACUACCCCUGCCACCUACUAUACUACCACGGCGGCGUAUUACACUACUCCAGCACCCUACUACACUACAACCAAACCUUAUUACACUACCUCCGCACCUUACUACACCACUGCAGCACCUUAUUAUACUACCCCGAAACCCUACUACCCCCCAGCUCCGACCUACACGACUAGCAAACCUUACGUCCAGCCAAGUUAUACCACCCAACCGACGUACUAUCAACCGAGCUACACCACAGCCUACACCACGCCCUCUUACUACCCGGAGAAUUACGAAGGAGAUGACAAUGGAUGGUACAAUUACGCCUUCAAAUUCAACGUUAAUGAUUAUUACGGUAACGAGCAAUCACGUAGCGAGACGCACGAGAAUGAAUUAACUCGCGGACAGUACACCGUUAACUUGCCGGACGGUCGUAAGCAGAUCGUGACGUACGAAGCGGACGAGAACGGCUACAGGGCGGAUGUGUCGUACGAGCCGGCCGGUGAAUCCAACAGUGAUAAUUCCAAUUAUUACAGCACAUCGAAAUACGAAACGAACAAUUAUUAUCAGACGACUCCAUCGUACAAUUCCGCUUACUAAAUUUGACUUUUGAAUGUGUACAUUUCGAACUG